UAAAAGCAUAUAAUACUUAUUUAUCUAGUUAAUUUAUCCAAAUAAAAGGCGUCAUUCCUGGAAAAGAGAAAAACAUUAAUUUAUAUUUACAAAUAACAGUAAAUUGCGCGAGAAAAAUCCCAAAAUAUCAUUUCCGAAAAUCGCAGUUCUCCACUUUGUAUGUUGGCCAAUGUAGAUUCUUCAAAACAGUGUCUUGUUAAUGGUUUAAAAAUUGAACAAAUUCAUCCAGCAAAAGUCCUUAUAGGAAAAUAAUUAAAACUUGUCUGGAUAUCGUCCAAAAACAAUCAACUGAAACACAAAAGAAGGUUUUUGGCGGCCAAGUUCAAUCACAUCCAAAUAGAUUUUCUUUUUCCUACAUUUCCCGAAAAACAUUCACCUGCGCACUUGGUUCGACAAGGUGAGGCGCAUCGAAAAAUCAAUAGGCGCAAGAAAGACGGGCACAGGUAGGACAAAUAUAAACCAGACAAGGAGGGUCUAGUCGAGGCCGAGACGCAAUAGAAAAAGCUGGCAACAAUUAAGUACGUCGUAGCGUCGUUGACGUUGAGACUGUACGCAGUUUAAUGAGAUGAUUUGCAAAAUUGAAUGCAGUCUAAUGUCCGCUUAACUCAGCUGUUAAAAGAGGUGACUGACAUUAGUUUUUGACGUCAAACACUGUGCUGUGUUGAGUUGAGGAAAAUUUAAUUUUCGCCAGUGUUUUCAGCAGGAAAGUGAGGCUCGUUUUUAAACAAUUUCCAAUUAGAAAAGUGUCCAUCCAGUUGUAGACGAAAAUGAGUGAACUUAGCCAGGAGGAGAUCCGUCGUCGACGUCUGGCACGUUUAACAGCCUCCAACAAUUCACCAUCGUCCACCUCCGUAUCACCCCUAGCCACGCCAAUUUCCCAAUCGCCAAUGUCCACCACGCAAGACCAAAGUCCGCCAAUCUUUGAAUCCCAACCGGGUUCGUUGGAAAACAAGUUUUUCGCACCAACCAAUGGAACCGUGCAGGCUCAGAAAAAAGACAAUAGUAAAGGUGCGGAAAAGGUGAUUGAGGGUGUGUUUAAGGAACCGAGUAAACCGAUCGACAUACAAAUGCCCUCCAGUUCCAAACAAAGAUCCAGAGCGCCGCCUGUUCGAAGCGAUUCUGAAACCAGCUCUAUUCAUAUGGAAGUGGAUGAGGCUAGCGGAUCUGCAGAUAAAAUUAGUGCGAAUACUGAUAUUGAUUCAGGAUUUGAGAAUAUGGAAGUUGACGAAUCUGAUCUAUUCAAAAAAGACAUUCAUCGACAACGCACUACCUCCUCAUCGACAGAAUUAACUGUUGAACAACUACAAAAUACUGUCGCGCGCAUUUUACAAUCAUCAUUUACAGAAAAUUCAUCGUCUGGUGUUUUCUUACCACAAACGGCUGAAUUGAUUAAGGAAACGCCUCAUGCAAGCAUACGCGACAUUACUUCAACAGCAAUUAUGGAAAUACUAACCAUAAUCCAAAAAGAUAAUAAUUCUUUUAAAAAUAUAACUUCGCAAAAUCCAGAUAUUACUGAUACAUACAGUUUACAUUCUGGUUCUGUGAGUCCUAUACAAAGUAGUCCAAGCACUAGCGAUACACAGUGCCCCGUACCCGCGCUGAUUAUGAAAGAAAAAAUUGAUGAUAGAAGCCCUAUGACUUUGGCAAUAAAGUUUUUAAUGGAAUCGUACAAUAGAGUUGCUCAAGAGGAAAGGAAUUUCCCGAAAAAAUCAAGCAUUCCACCUUUAAGUGAUGUUUUAACUGAAGUUAGAGCACAACUCAUCCAGUACACUGCCCUAGUUGUUAAACGCAAAGAAGAUGGCUAUGGAAAAUCUCCCCUUUUAGAACCCAUUGUCCAUCAAACUAUACCCAGAGGAUUUUUGACAGAAUUAGUAACUCGUACUCAUACAAAUGAGAUUUUAUUUAGUGAAGUUUUUAGUCCAAUACUACAAGGACUGUUUAGGCUUAUGCGGACUGCUGACUUUUCACAAAAUGAAACCGACGAGCAUAAGUGUCAUUAUAGGUUGCCACUUCAAGCGUUAUACGAAUUAGCUGAAAUUAGAUGCAACAGUAGACCAAUAUGCACCUUAAUUACUAAACAGUUUCAAUUUCACAUGUCGGAAGCGUUGACCAGCGCAAGUGGGCGUGAGUUGACUGUCUUGUCGUUUUUGGGUCCAUUUUUAGAUAUUUCUGUGUUUGCCGAGGAUAAUCCCAAAAUGGCUGAAAAAUUAACUUUUGGUAAAACUGCUAACGAAAAAAUCCUCAAACAGUGUUUGCAACAGGAAUUCGAACAAGUCCGCCACAUUCUUCAUAAAAUUUUCCACUUCAUCCUAGCUAAUCAGGACAGUAGAGAUAUUUGCCUGAAAUACUUGGCGCAAAUAUUGAAAAGCAACGAAAAACGCGCUCAAAUAGCAAUGGAAGGACGUCUAGUAGCUGGAGACGGUUUUAUGCUAAACGUAUUGACCGUAUUACAGAAUUUGUCAGUAAAAAUUAACUUUAACAAAAUGGAUUUGAUGUAUCCGUUCCAUCCGCAGGCGAUGAUACAAAUCCAAAAUGAUACAAGACUGAAAUUUUCUUCACAGGAAGUUGGCGAUUGGUUGGAAGAAUUUGGUAAAACUCAUGAGUUUCCAAAUCCUAAUUUUUCCACUAUUUGCUGGUUCUUAACAUUACACUGCCAUCAUUUGUCCCUUUUACCUACAAUACAGAAAUAUCAACGUACCCUGCGGACCAUUAGGGAUUUACAAAAGCUCUUAGACGAGACUAUAGCUGCUGAAGCACAAUGGAAAAAUACCCCAUAUGCUAUUAGAAAUAAGCAGUUUAUCAAAAAAUCAAAACAACAACUGAAAAAGUUAAAUAGAGCCAAAGGUUGCGCAGAUGCAGGCCUGUUAGAUCCAAACGUAAUGCGACGCUCUUUAUUGUUCUAUACAACAGUAUGUGACUAUUUGCUGAGCUUGAUGACUGGAGCGCCCCCUGGAACUCCAGUGUCAGAUUUGCCUUUACCUCCACCUCAAAGUCCUGCUUUCUAUGCCAUGCCUGAGUGGUAUGUUGAAGAUAUUGCUGAAUUUUUAUUGUUCGCUUUACAAUAUUUUCCAAAUCUGAUAACUGACAACGCAGAAGAUACGUUAAUAACUUGGCUGCUAGUGACAAUAUGCUCUUCAAAUAUGUUCAAAAACCCUUACCUCGUUGCCAAAUUGAUUGAAGUCGUUUUUGUGAUAAUACCUAAUAUUCAGCCAAGAUGUGAGCCAUUGUAUAACAGGCUGAUGUCGCAUCCUAUUUCACAAACAGUGUUAUCUAGUUGUUUGAUGAAGUUUUACACUGAUGUUGAAACUACUGGCACCAGUUCAGAGUUUUACGAUAAGUUUUCAAUUAGAUAUCAUAUUAGUCUUAUUAUUAAGGGAAUGUGGGGUUCGCCUAUUCAUAGAAAAGCAGUAAUGGAUGAAUCCAAAACAGGCACACAGUUUGUUAAAUUUAUCAAUAUGCUGAUGAACGAUACUACUUUUUUGUUGGACGAAUCUUUGGAAUCGCUGAAAAGGAUUCAUGAAAUUCAGGAAUUGAUUGCUGAUGAUAAAAAGUGGUCAAAACUGACAACUGAUCAACAAACAUCCAGAAUGAGGCAAUUGAGCGCCGAUGAAAGACAAUGCCGUUCAUACCUCACUUUAGCACGUGAAACCGUUGACAUGUUUCACUAUUUGACUGUGCACAUCAAAGAGCCGUUCUUGCGUCCAGAAUUAGCCGGCCGGCUGGCUUCAAUGCUCAAUUUUAACUUGCAACAAUUGUGCGGAAAAAAAUACAAAGAUUUAAAGGUUGAAAAUCCUGACAAAUAUGGUUGGGAGCCUCGAAGACUUUUGAGUUCGUUAGUUGACAUUUACUUGCACUUAGACUGUGAUACUUUUGCUGAAGCCCUUGCUAGCGACGAAAGGUCCUUCAGCAGACAACUGUUUAGCGAUGCAGCUUCCCUUAUGGAACGUGUUGGUAUUAAGACUACAGUAGAAACUGAACAAUUUAGAGAAUUAGCCGAAAAAGCUUGUAGAGUUGUAGAACGUAAUCAAAAGUCUGAUGCAUGGUUAGAAGAUGCGCCAGACGAAUUCAAAGAUCCCCUAAUGGACACUCUUAUGACUGAUCCAGUUUUGUUGCCAAGCGGACAAAUCAUGGAUAGAUCGGUGAUUAUGAGGCAUUUAUUGAAUAGCAACACAGAUCCGUUCAAUAGGCAACCGCUAACCGAAGAUAUGCUGUUGCCAGUUGAAGAUCUGAAGGAAAGGAUACGAAUAUGGAAAUCGGAAAAAUCGAAAACAACGCAUUUGAACUGAAAGUGCUGAAAAACAAAUUCCUAUAUUUUAUUGUUUAAAUCAAAAUUUGAUUGGAGAAUUAUUACUUUUUAUUUUCAUUAUGUGGCAAUGGUUGGUUGGAAUGUUUAGCAGGCAAUUCAAGGCUGAUUAAAUAGAUCUCUAAAUAAUAAAUCAAUAAACUGUUGCAUUUUUCUGAAGGUCAUUUUCACUAAAAAUUUUUUUUUGGUAAUUUAUCAUUGAUGAAAAUGGCCCCAACUGACUGCCAUUGCUUUUUGUUUGAUUGAUUUCUGUGAAUAUCGGCUUUAAUUUUUUGCCUAAUAAUUAUUAAUUUUGCUGCAAUAAUAAUAACGCGUCGAAUUGGAUUAUUAUUUUUUUUGUGUACAUAAUUUUCUAAGUUUAAACUAGUGAUAUGAUAAUUAUUAUAUGAAGAAAAAAGAUGGUAUAUUAAUUGAACUCACAGUGCGUAUUUGUGUGGAAAAAAUCUUUGUACUUUCUAUAAGGCCGUUUUUACAAUAUACCUUUUUGUGUUUAUAUUUUUGUUAAAAAUGAAGCUUGAUUCACACACAUCUGUAAUGUUUAUAAUAUCAGUGCCUAUUUUUGUCAGUAUUAGGCAGUGCAUGAUUUCAGUCAGUUAACAGCUGUGGUAUUUAUUCCAAAUAAACGCCACUUAUUUUGAUUCAACAGUGAUUUGUGUGAAUAGGCCUUAAUAGCAAGUGCAUUUCUUGCACGUAAAACGGUCUUCUUAUUUAUUUAGAGAUUAUAUCUAUUAUGAAAAUUUUUUAUAUGAACUUUAGGUUGUAGAUUGUUGAUAUAAUAAAUUCAUAAAAUUAUA